ACAUCUGCUCCACGAAAGAAGAAUUUCCUGGUCGAACAGUUUAGAUGUUCAACUGUCUUUUUCACUGAGGUUGUGCUUACAAAAGUAAGCAACUGAACCUGACAUCAAACUGAACAAUGGCAUCAGGAGGUGGAAGCAAGGAGUUGAAAGCUGCCCUCAAGAAAGCUAAAGAAGCCAUCAAGGGAAAGGAUUUUCAGCAGGCAUUAGAACAUUCUAAGCAUGCUUUGAGCCUGGAUCCCAAGCAUUACAAUGCAUUGAUAUUCCUUGGCAAGUCAGCCACCGAGCUCGGACAGGGAGAAGAGGCAGAGAAAGCAUAUAGAGAAGCAACAGACAUAGACCCCAAGCAGACACUAGCAUGGCAGGGUCUGUCUGCCCUCUAUGAGAAGAUUGAUAUUCCCAAGAACUUAAAGCAGCUUGUGGGUGUCUACCAGCAGCUGAUGAAGCUAUCAGGAGAUAAAUCCAGAGAAACUCAGAUUGCUGAAAAGCUUGCAGACUUGUAUCAAAAACUGACCAAACCUGUGGAGGCAUGUGGAGUUCUUCAUUCGCUACUCCUGAAGUCGGAAGACACUGCCUACAAGAUUGAGAAGUGGUCCAGGAUUAUAGGACUCCUAUCCCAACAGAAGUCACUUGAUGAGAGCAGUGAUAACCUUCUCAAGGAAGCAUACACUGUGGUCUUGGAGGAGUCAAGCACGAUAGAGGAUGAGUCACUGAAAGAGUUCUACAAGGGGUACAUUGGCUUACAACUCAAGGGCAAGACAGUUGAUAUAGCUGAGCUUAAGGCAACAUGUUCUAAGAUGCAUGAGAUGUUUCCAACAGAAAUAUACCCCCUGGAGAAAUUGACAGAGAUCAUCAUGAUUGAAACAUUUGCAAUGAAGACAUCAAAUGACUGGUCAGUCUAUGGUGAGCUACAGGAACUGGACAGUGAUAAUAAAUGGGCUCUGAUUGGGCAAGGUCAACUCAAACUGACCAGUCAGGAUUUCAAGGCAACAAAGGAACUUCUAACCCAGGCAUCACAAAAGCUACCAAAUUUUCCACUUUGUUGGUUAUUCUUGGCUCAGUGUCAGCUCUAUCUCCAUGACUAUCGAGCAGCAGAACAGUCAGCUGAACAAGGGAGAAGAACUUUGAAGUUCUACAAGCAUCCAGCCCUCAAUGAAGCAAUAGGAUUGCAUGAAGCAUUGCGAGUCCUCCAGGGCAGAGCUUGCAUGGACUCUGGCCUCAUGGCGAAGGGUCUCAGCGCCGUAGAAAUCUUCAAAAAGCUGCUACUGGAGGCCGCUGAUAAGGACACCAUGUAUAAGCUGUUAACUGAGGCUCAUCUUCUGGCAGGGGACAUCGCCAGUGCACAGCAGAGUUUUGAGAUGAUUUCUUACUGUCUUGAUGAGAGUGAUACUAUAGCUUUGGACGGCUGGCUUAGGUUUCAUCAAGGGGACCUCUCAGAUGCCCAGAAGAAAUUACAAAUUGCUCUAGCCAAGGAGGAGAAGGCAAUCUAUCACUACUGGCUUGGGAGAGUGUACUGGGCUAUGGGAGGUCAAGCACAGCAAGACAAGUCUAAAUCAUCCUUGCUCAAGGCUGCCAAACUUGACAUCAACUUCUCAGACUCCUUUCUGUAUGUUGGUCAUCAUUACAUGCAGAUAGGAAAAGACACAGUCAAAGCGAAACGUUGUUACAAGAAAGCCUAUGAUUUGAACCCAGAUAACGAGGCUGCUGCUCAAGCCCUGGGAGAUGCAUACGACUUACUGGAUGAAAAGGAGGACGCUAUUGCUGUCUACACAGCAGUGACCAAGCGGGCAGCUUUGGGCGGGGCAAAGUGGGCAUGGCUAAGACUGGGGCUCGUUCAGCUCAGAGCAGGCAAUGCAACAGAAGCUGUGGAAUGCUUUCAAGCUGUUCUCAGAGCUGAUCCUGAUGACAUACACUGCCAGGAAUGCCUCGCAGAAGCUUAUUUGAGUAGAGGAAGCAAUACAGCAGCACUCAAAACAUUUAGUCGAAUUGUAGAGAUGGACCCAAACUCAACAUAUGCUUUAUUCAAGAUCGGUCACAUCAAGCAGACUGUUGGUCUGUACUCUGAGGCAGUGGCGGACUAUCAGAUAAUCCUCGGGAAAACACCGGACUACGUGCCAGCACUGAGUGGCCAGGGUGAGACAUAUAUCUUGAUGGCCAAGGCAGCUUUGUUUGACUUCUUCAACGCAAGAGCUGUCUCCUACAUCCAGAAUGCCAUCACUGUCUUGACAAGAGCCGUCCUUCUCCGUCCUGACCUGUGUAGCUUGUGGAAGCUCCUUGGGGAUGCCUGCACCCUGAUAGCUCCUCUACAUGACAAUCUCAUCAGGAUCUCAGUGAACGGUGCUCUGACUUGUGGUGAUGAGAAGAUAUGUGAAACUUUGGGCAAAGGAGAACUGCUGGCACUGGGUGGAAGGUGUUUUGGUCGGGCUGUGCAGAGACAGAAGGAUCGUGCUAGCUUGUGGCAUGACCUGGGCAUGAACUACUUCCGGCAGCACCAGUACAGUCAAGAUGCAAAGAUGGUCCAAAAAGCCAUGCAGUUUAUCCAAAAAGCAAUCAAGUUAGAUGAGUCAAACCACUUGCACUGGACAGCCUUGGGUGUCGUCGCUGCAUCUAAAGCUUUUGAUGACCCAAGACUUGCCCAGCAUGCCUUCAUCAAGUCCAUACAACUAGAAGCAAAGAAUGUUGUAGCAUGGACCAACCUGGGCACACUGUACCUCACCAACGGGAAUCUAAAGCUGGCUAACCAAGCCUUCGCUGUCUCACAGUCUCUCGAACCCAAUCAUGUUCAGUGCUGGAUCGGACAGGGUCUGGUUGCUGAGACGUUAGGCAGGCAGGAAGCAAUAGAUCUCUACAGGCACACCACAGAGUUGACAACCCAUGUGGAAAGUGGCCUUGGUUAUGCUGAUUUGGUAUGUAGUGCACUCCUAGACCCGUCACUAGACAAGGAUUCUGAGCUGUAUCGAUACAACGUCAUUCAGAUGGGUGCUGUGCCUGCUGCUGCUGCAGCUGUAGGGAAAGUGGCAGAUCGUCUGCAGGUGAGCGGAGAGGCCCAUACGCUGCAUGGACUCUUGCAAGAAAGACAGGGUCUACACAGGGCUUCGGAAGAAUCCUAUAAGCAGGCUCUCCAUGUGUUGAAGAACCAAGGAGAUGAGAAACAGAUCAACAUUGCCUUGUCUAACCAUGGUAGAGCAUUGAGCUCCAUUGGUAAGGCAGAGGAGGCUAGAGAUACCCUUCGUUCUAUCAGUCCUCUGGUAGAGAUCCAAGACAUCCUGCAGCUGGCUCUGGCCCUCUAUCAGAACAAGGAGUGGCAAGAGGCCUAUAUGGCUUAUGAGCAAGCCUUGCAGUUAGUUUCAUCUGAUUGUGAGAGAUCUCAGAUCCUGACAGCUCUCGCCAUGGUAUCCUGCCAGUCUGGAGACCUAGCCAACGCUAAGACCUUGCUCUUCCAAAGUUCCCAGCUGUCAGCCCCGUCUCACCAGGGGCUAGUAGCCCUCUGCGCUUUAGGACUGCAGACCCAGGAUAUGGUCUUGACCCAAGCAGCCCUGUCUGAGCUUGCCAAGCAGCCUAAUCAGCAGGACCUGGUCCAGGAGACAGCAGUCCUGGCCUCUGCUACGCACUAUUUGCAGGGUGAUAUACCAGGAGUUUCUCAACACCUCAUGAACUCAGUUGAGGAGUAUCCUGAUGAUAGCCAUUUAUGGAACCUGGCAGCAGAACUGAUGCUACUGCUCGAUGCAACAAAUACAGAGUUUGCAUCAACCUGUUCUGAAAAAGCAAGACGUCUAAUACCUACCCACAAGAACGUUCUUCAAGUCAAUGCAGCUGCAAGACUAUGCUCUGGUUGCCAUGGCAACUCCUCCAGAGACCGUCUGUAUCCCAGCUUGAUUGCAGCACAGAAAGCUGUCCAUGCCAUGCCAGGUGAUAUGAAUAAUUGGGCCCUUCUUGGAGCCUGUUGUUCAGCUCAGUCGUCAUGGCAACAUGUCCACCAAGAGAAGUGCAAUCUGAUAGAUGUUAAUCUUCGAGUGGCCAAAUUUCUCCUGAAAACAAGCAAAGCAGAUUCUAAGCUGGCCGCCUGGGUUUCUCUUCACAACGUCUUCUGCUUGCUACAGAGUCAGCAGUGGAAUGAAGCAAAGGAACUCUCAGAACGGCUGCUGGAGUGGUGCAAUUAUGGGGAGGAGAUCAAUGCUAAUCUCACGUUACUGCGUACCCUGAGUGCCUGGAUGGCGACUAGGAAGGAGGGUGGCCUGGAAUCACUCAGAUCAACAGUCACAGCAUCACAGUCAUCACUGGCAUGGCAGACAUUAGGUAAGAUCUACUGUGAAUCUAAGAUGGUGGCUGCGGCAGAAGCAUGCUAUAAACAGUGCCUGACUCUCACUAGUGGUAGAGGACAGAUCGCCAUAUUACACCAGUUAGCUUACCAGGCUAUCUUGGGUUUGAAGGCAGGGGAUGACACUGGGUCAUGGGGCGACCUUGCAAAGCAAACAGUUGAUGAACUCAACAAACAGGCUCCAAAGGAAACCACCAGCUGCUUGCUGAAGGGAUUGCUUUGUAAACAUCUAGGAAAUCAGAGGCAAUCAAGACGGGAGCUGCAGCGUGGCAUGGAGAGCAAUGAGGAGCCUGCAGCAGAAGACUACACACGGUCUGUCAUAAGAGUUCACUUGGUGGAAGCAUUGAUGAAGAAGGAUAAGGAAGCUGCACAGGUCCUUGUGGAAGAAGCCUUAGAGAAGAAAGAUCCUUUCAGUGCAAGAUUGGAGGAAUUGUUUUCAGCAUAAUAGAUUUCUGUACGUCAGUCAUAUUAGGCCUGUCUUCGUC